AUGCAGAUUCGGUUCUUGCUCUGUAUCAUACACUUCUGCAAUUGUAUUGAAUCUAGUUGCAGACUGACUGGCAGCGCGCUCACAGGAAUAUCCCUGAAUGGGAAUAUAAUAGUCGGGGUGGUCGUGCCUAUUCACCUAGAAAAGAUUUACCCAAACAUCAGUUACAAGGAGAAGCCCGGUCCGGCCAUCUUUCUUAAAUACAAGGAAUUCAGGAAAUAUUCACUUCUCAUCUCUGUUGUCCUCAGCUUCAGGAUAGAAGCCUUCCAGCGUGUCCAAGCUGUGCUUUUCGCUGUAGUGGAAAUUAAUAACACCCCUAACUUUUUGGCAAAUAUCACCUUGGGUUUCCAGAUGAUGGACUCUUGUGCAGUCCUCCAGAGAGCUGUGUCAGGAACUCUGCAGUUGUUGAGUGGACAUGGAGAAUCUCUUCCUAACUAUCGAUGUAACCAGGAGACCCAGUUGGCUGCAGUAAUCGGACAUGCUACAUCUACAUACUCGAUUUCACUUGCCCAUAUACUGGGGCUAUACAGGUAUCCACAAAUCAGCCACUAUGCCACAAGUUCUCUUCUCAGUGAUCGUAUCCAGUUCCGAUCAUUCUUUAGAACAGUCCCCAGUGAUGCCUUUCAGUCUCAGGGUCUUGCACAGCUGGUGUUGCACUUUGGAUGGACCUGGAUUGGUCUAGUGGCCAUCGAUAAUGAUUACGGGCAGCAGGGUAUCCAAUUGGUCAAGAGGGAUAUAAUAAAAGCUGGAGCCUGUGUGGCCUUUACAGAAACCAUAAUCUCCAGUCAGCAAGACCGAAAUGCCCCACACAUUGCUCGGGUGGUUAAAGGCUCAACAGCCACAGCGGUGGUCAUCUUCUCUACUGAUAUGGAUGUAGGCUUAGUACUAGAUGAGAUGCUGAGACAGAAUGUCACAGGAAAAGUAUGGAUUGCCAGUGAAGCUUGGUCUACAUCAUCUUUCUUGUCAGUAAACAAAUAUUCAAGACUUCUUCUUGGAACAAUUGGUUUUGCCUUCCAUAGUGGAAGCAUGCCAGGGUUUGGAGAUUUCCUCAACAGGGUCAAUCCUUCUAUGGUUGUAGGAAACCAAUAUAUAAAAAUAUUGUGGGCACUAGUUUUUGGCUGCAAAUUCCAAGACCAGACGUCCAACAUUUCAAAUUCAUCCAUAAAAGAAUGUACAGGCCAAGAAAGUCUUGGGACCAUCCAGAACAGUUAUACUGAUGUCUCUAGUCUACGGGUAACAUAUAAUGUCUAUACAGCAGUUCAUGUGAUAGCAAAAGCUUUGCACGAUUUGGGUAAAUGUAGGAAGGGAGAUGGACCUUUCCUCAAUGGAUCAUGUGCUGAUAUUGAGAACUUCAAGCCUUGGCAGUUGUUGCACUACAUAAAGAAGUUACAUCUGAACACCUCUGAUGGUAGACAACUCUUUUUCGAUGAGAACGGAGAUCCCCCUGCUGUGUACGAUAUAGUGAACUGGCAGCUGAGCCCUGAAGGGAAACUCCAGCAAGUCACAGUGGGCAGUUAUGAUACCAGAAUGACCAAUUCCCUAAAGUGUACAAAAUGCCCAUGGAACAUGUGGCCAAAUCCAACCCAAGAUCAUUGUGUUCUAAAGACUGAAGAAUUCUUUUCACAUGAAGAUCCACUGGGCAUCACCUUAACAACCACUGGUAUCUCCUCAUCAUUGGUUCCUAUGGGGAUCUUUGGAAUUUUCAUUUGCUACAGAACAACUCCCAUUGUUCGGGCCAAUAACUACUCCUUGAGUUGUCUUCUAUUGGUGUCACUAUCGCUGUGUUUUCUUUGCUCUUUAGUCUUUAUUGGUUAUCCCCAGUAUGAGAUAUGUCUUUUAAGACAAGUGACUUUUGGUGUUGUAUUUACAUUUUGUGUCUCCUGCAUCUUGGCCAAAACCAUUAUGGUAGUGAUCGCUUUUAAGGCCACAAGGCCUGGUAGUCAAAUAAAGAAAUGGACUAGACCACGUCUAUCAUAUCUCAUAGUCAUCUCCUGUAACCUUAUUCAGAUAAUUCUUUGUAUUAUGUGGCUGAAAUUCUCUCCUCCCUUCCAAGAAGUCAAAUCCGAAAGUAAUUCUGGAGUACUAGUCAUUCAGUGUAAUGAAGGGUCACCAUUGGCUUUUUGGUCUAUGCUUGGAUACCUCGGUCUCCUGGCCUCUAUUAGCUUCAUUGUAGCUUUCUUGGCCAGGAGACUUCCCGACAGCUUCAAUGAGGCCAAUUUUAUCACCUUCAGCACGCUGGCCUUCCUGAGCGUCUGGUUGUCCUACAUUCCAGCAUCUCUCAGUUCACAAGGAAAAUAUAUGGUGGCCAUGGAGAUCUUUGCUAUCCAAUCGUCAACCUGGGGUUUGGUCAUUUGUAUGUUCCUUCCAAAAUGUUAUAUUAUUGUAUUCAGACCCGACAUGAACUCAAGAGAAAAACUAAUGGCAAAGCCAAAAAAUUGA